UCUCAUCAUGUGAUUUCUCUUUUUUUUUCCUUUUUUUUAUAUAGCUGCACAGUGAUUACAUGUUUUUAGUUCGGGGCUCUUAGCAAUUUUUUCCAAACCCUCUCGGCUCUGUGUUUCUCUGGCUCUUCCCAGCAGCUUACUUUCCCUUGACUUUUCCAGUUGUGUGACGUGUGAGUGGAGUUCCUGCCCUUGUUUCAUGCAAUGCAAUUUAGAGGGACUCACGGAGAGGCGGACAUUUACUUGAGCUGUCAAAGGGGGAAGAUGAAUUGAAGGUAUAAACAAGAGGGGCUGUUUGUGUUUUGGCCUGAGUGCGUAUGCUUUGUCCUCACAGGGGAGCCAAACGAAGAGGAAGAAAGACGUGGUGAAGGAGACCGAAGCUGAGAGAAAGUGAGAAAGUAACGUGACGUGGAGGAGAGAGAAGAAAAGUUACCUAAAUCUGUCGCCCAUGGGCAAAGGUGGAUGAGAAGUUACAGUUGAGGAUUCUGUCUGACACGGGAGGAGGAGCGCCAGCCUGGGGGGGACCACCAACUCACCCUUCCAACAACAACAGGACAGGAUGAGGUACCAAGGCAGGGAGGUGGAUGUUGAAGGAAGAGUGCGCCUCGUGAUGGAGAGUGCCCUGACCGCCCGGGACAGGGUCGGGGUGCAGGACUUUGUCUUGCUGGAAAACUACAACAGUGAGGCAACUUUCAUAGAGAACCUACGGAGGCGCUUCGGGGAAAACCUCAUCUAUACGUAUAUCGGCUCAGUGUUGGUGUCGGUGAACCCUUACAAAGAGCUGGAGAUUUACUCCAAGCAGCAGAUGGAGCGUUACAGAGGGGUCAGCUUCUAUGAGAUAUCGCCUCACAUCUACGCCGUAUCAGACAACACUUACCGGGCCAUGCGGACCGAGAGGAAGGACCAGUGUAUUCUGAUAUCAGGUGAGAGUGGAGCAGGUAAAACAGAGACGUCAAAGAAGAUCCUCCUCUACUACGCCGUCACCUGCCCCACUAAUGAUCACAUGGCUACCCUCGGGGACCGCCUGCUGCAGUCUAACCCUGUUCUGGAGGCAUUUGGCAACGCCAAAACAUUCAGGAAUGACAACUCCAGCCGCUUUGGAAAAUACAUGGAUGUCCAGUUUGACUUUAGGGGUGCACCAGUGGGCGGUCACAUCCUGAACUACCUGCUGGAGAAAUCCCGUGUAGUGCACCAGAACCACGGUGAGAGGAACUUCCACAUCUUCUAUCAGCUUCUGGAUGGAGGGGAUGAUGACCUGCUUAUCACACUGGACCUGGAAAGAAACCCUCAGAGCUACCACUAUCUGGUAAAGGGAAACUGUCCCAGACUCAGCUCCGUCAGUGACAAGAAUAAUUGGAAAGUCGUGAUGAAGGCCCUGUCUGUUGUUGGCUUCAGCGAGGAGGAAGUGCAGAAAUUGUUGAACAUCAUCGCCAGUGUUCUCCAUCUGGGAAACACUCAGUUUGGGGAAGGCGAGGAAGGAGAAACUUAUAUCACCACUGAGACUCAGAUAACAAAUCUCACGAAGCUGCUGGGUGUCGAUGGCUCAGCCCUCGGGGAGGCACUCACUCACAAGAAACUCACUGCCAACGGAGAGGAGAUGAUCACCCCACUAAAUUUUGAGCAGGCAGUGUCUGCCCGCGAUGCCUUAGCCAAGGCCGUGUAUGGUCGGACCUUCACUUGGUUGGUGGAGAAGAUCAACCAGUCGCUGGCUCUGAAGGAUGAAAUCUUCCAUAGUGGUAAGGGCUGCUCCGUUAUAGGGCUUCUAGAUAUCUACGGCUUUGAGGUCCUCCAGCACAACAGUUUUGAGCAGUUUUGCAUCAACUAUUGCAACGAGAAGCUCCAGCAGCUGUUUAUUGAGCUCACCCUGAGAUCUGAGCAGGAGGAGUACGAGACAGAGGGAAUUGCAUGGGAGACGGUGCAAUACUUUGACAACAAGAUCAUUUGUGACCUGAUAGAGGAGAAGCACAAAGGCAUCAUCUCCAUUCUGGAUGAGGAGUGUCUGAGACCUGGAGAGACCUGCGAUGUCUCCUUUUUAGAGAAGUUGGAAGACACACUGGGCGGCCAUCCCCAUUUUGUCACUCACAAGUUGGCAAACGGAAAAACUCGCAGGGUAAUGGGAAGGGAGGAGUUCAGGCUGCUGCACUACGCAGGAGAGGUCAACUACAAUGUCAAUGGUUUCUUAGACAAGAACAAUGAUUUGCUGAACAGGAACCUGAAAGAGGUCAUGUGCCAGUCAGACAACCAGAUCCUGAGUCAUUGCUUCCGCAGAGAGGAAGUGAUAGACCAGAAGCGGCCAGAGAUGGCCGCCAUUCAGUUUAAAAACAGCCUGACGAAACUUAUGGAGAUCCUCAUGUCUAAAGAGCCAUCGUAUGUGCGCUGUAUCAAACCUAAUGAUGCCAAGCAGCCAGGAAGGUUUGAUGAAGUUCUGGUCAGACACCAGGUGAAGUACCUGGGCCUGAUGGAAAACCUGAGGGUCAGGAGAGCUGGCUUUGCCUAUCGACGUCGCUUCGAAGCUUUCCUGCAGAGGUAUAAGCCCCUGUGUCCUGAGACGUGGCCCAAUUGGCAUGGCAGACUCUCAGACGGUGUUUCGACACUGGUCAACCACCUAGGCUACAAAGCAGAGGAGUACAAACUGGGAAGGUAAUGUGUUGUUGGGAGAAAGCUCAGUGGAUACAACAGAUAAUAGGGCCACACUAUGCAUGCAAGCAAUUUGGAUUGAAGUGUUCAUCAAAUUUCUUCGUCUACGUUC